AUGGAGCGGAGAAGCCGGGGGCUCCUGCUGGCUCUGCUGCUGGCCGCGUGGGCGCCUCCAGCCGCCGCGCAGUACGAGAAGUACAGCUUCCGCGGGUUCCCCGAAGCCGAGCUGAUGCCUCUGCAGAGCGCCUACGCUUACGCGCUGGAGCAGUACGAGGGCGAGAGCUGGAAGGAGAGCGUGCGCUACCUGGAGGCCAGCCUGCGCCUGCACCGCCUGCUGCGGGACAGCGAGGCGCACUGCCACAAGGAGUGCGCCGGGGGCGAGACCAGCGCCCGGCGCGGCGCGGGACUCGCGCCGCCUGCAGGGGGCGCGCCGGGGGAGUGGCUGCGGGAGAUGGAGCUCUUCGGGCUCGUCCUCCAGCGCGCCGCCUGCCUGCGGCGGUGCAAGCGCAGCCUGCCGGUCUUCCAGCUCAGCUACCCGCCGGUCGACACCCUGCGGGACUUCCAGCGCCGCAGCCCUUAUCAAUACCUGCACUACGCCCUCUUCAAGACAAAUAAGAUAGAGAAAGCUGUCUCGGCCGCUCACACAUUCCUGCAGAAGAAUCCCAAGCACGAGAUGACCCAAAGGUACCUGCAUUACUACAAGACUAUGGUGGAUGUGGACGAGUACCUCGUAGACUUGGAAGCGCAGCCAUAUGAGGCGGUUUUUGUGCGAGCAGUGAAACUCUAUAACAGUGGAGAUUUCCGGAGCAGCAUAGCCGACAUGGAGCAUGCGCUGUCCGAGUACUACAAGGCCUAUGAGAACUGCUUGGCUGGCUGUGAAGGCAGCUACGAGCUUCGCGAAUUUAAGGACUUCUACCCGGCCAUUGCAGAUCAUUUUGUUGAUGUCCUGCAGUGCAAAGUGGAUUGUGAGGCUGACCUGACACCAAACGUGGGGGGCUACUUUGUGGAGAAGUUUGUGGCCACGAUGUAUCACUACCUUCAGUUUGCAUACUACAAGUUGAACGAUAUCAAGAACGCCGUGCGGAGCGUGGCCAGCUAUAUGCUCUUUGACCCUGGGGACGAGGUCAUGCAGCAGAACUUGGUCUAUUAUCGCUUCUACCGUGAGCGUUGGCACCUGGAAGAGGACGACUUCAACCCACGGCCGGAGGCCUUGCGCUACCACAACCAGACGUCCACGCAGAAGAAGCUCCUGGAAUUUGCCAGGCAGUAUCUCCAACCAGACGAUGAGGGAGAGGUGGGUGACGAGGAGGAGGCAAAGGAAGCAGCAUUGCCAUUGGAUGCCGAGUUUGAGGGGAUCGGUGACUACGAAGAGGGGUUUUUGUCCCCGUGGUGGCAGGAGCCCAAAUCAAAAGGCGACAAAGCUGACCAAGAGAGGCUGGAAUGAGUGAUAUGAUCCCCCACGUCACCUGCAGGUGAGGGGGCAUCCUAAUUCCUUGCACCCACCAGGGUUGAAAUGGGCUGUCUGGAAAUGGCAGGUGCACCCCUCUGAUGGCGUUCCAACAAGUUUGUGCCUUGGAAACCUCACUCUCCAGGUUCUUCUAGGUUCUUCAGUAAAAAGCCCCAUCCUGGGAAGGUUCCUCCUUAAAUACCUCUCAUGUAGAACUCUGAAUUCUGAUUGGAUUGGUUGGGUGCCUCUGAGCCAAUCUGUGGUGCUGUUUUUUGUCCCAUGGUGCUUCACUUCUAGAAAAGCUCUGAGAGCAUGCUUGGAAACAAUCCUAGAUGCAAAGGAGCCCAACACAACAUCUACUUGAAACCAGUGACCUUGACUACCCAUGGUCGCGCACACCCACAGAACGUGGUGGACUGCGUAACUGGUUUCCAGUGCUGCUGAUUCCCCCUGGAACCAAAUAUAAGCCGUUGACCUGGAAGGCAAAGGUGGGCAGAUUUCAGGCUUGGCAGAUCUUCUUUGCUUUUUAGUAGAUCCUCAUGAUCUACCAGUCAGAGCCAGAUGCAAAAUGGCAGCACAGAGGAGCUUCUGCACACUUAGACCAGAGUGUGUGGGACGUGUGGAGCUCAAGAAUUUGUAUUAAGGACCAGGAUUGAUGUCAGUCCUUUCACACACAAAUGUACUCCUGUUUCCCCUGUUUCUUUGAGCAUUUCUACACAAGGCUUUUAUUGUGUGCUCGUGAUUGCUCACCAAUAGUAGUUUACGGGUCCUUUACACGAUGACGUCAUCCUCCAGGGCCUCUCCUGUGCUCUGCAACCAUUGUUGUGUAUUUUUUUUCUUAAUGGGGCAAUUUAGUAUUAUUUUCUGGAUGGCUUUUAUAGCACCAUAGGAAUCCCGUGUAAUUGCCCAGUUCUGCCAUACCACAGCACCAACUAUUGGUAGUAAAAUGGAAUAUAUAGAACAACAGGGAAAGAUAAACCCUGAGAGAAAAAGGUGUAAAGGAGCAGACCUUAAUCCUGCACAGAAACCAGGAGUAGAAGCCUCAGUAAAGGUGCAGAAUAAAAGCUUCAUGUAGAGAAGCCCUUUGUUUCAGCAGCCUAAUUUAAGAAAACAAAGGUGUUUUCGUUAUUUCUGUUGCUACCCCACUGGGAGUUGGAAACUCCUUCCAGUCGCCCUAAAAUCUACCAGUAAAUUCAAAUAUACCUUCUGCCCAUCCCUGCCCCUGAGCCAUGCCUUUUAAAGAACCAGAAUCCCAGAAUGCAUUGCUCUGGUUCUGACUGGUAUUGGGCAUUCAUGUUGUGUGCCAGAACCCGGUAGUUGUGGGCUCCUUUCAGAUCUGGUUCUCAAGCAGAACAAUAGGUACAUUCAGAUGGGCGUGUUAGGUGCCUUUUAAAACUUCACAGUGCCUUCUUUGUAAUGUUGUUUUCCAUUAAUUUAAUUUGCUUUGUACAGGUUUUUUUUAAAACUUUUGUAGCUAAAUUUUAAUAAAAUACCUCCCAGUUCUUUUACA